AUGUCCCGGCCAGCACACAAAACUUCAAGACCUUUAAGCUACAAUCACGGGGAAGAAGUCGUGUUCAAACUAGAUGAAAAUAAGGCAUUUAACUAUCAAAAGUCUACUGAAAAAAAUUGGGCCAGAAAAACGGAUAUUCUUGAUGAUAAAGAAAUUGAAGUCGAAAUGGGCCACAAAGCUGAUAACAAUACGACAAUUGCUGGAGAAGAAAGAUAUGUUGGCAAAAAGGAACUCAGUGGAACCAGAUAUGAACGACAUAAACACAAUUUGGUCAAUUGCCACGAACUUAUUGAAAUGAGUAAUGAGACGCUUCAGACUAAUUAUAGAAGUAGAACUAAUAUUGAAACGGAUACAGUCACCGCAUAUGAUGAAGAAUGUAACGAUGGUGAUGAAAAUUGCACAAUGAUCAAGGAAGACAAAAAUACCAGAAUUAGGGAAAAAGCGAAAAGAUUCGUUAGUAAAGUGAAGAGUGUGUUGAAAGGAAGUAAUGUCAAAACACAAACUAUUACUGUAACUAACGAAUCCCUGGAAGUGAUAUUUAAUUCCUGGAAAGAAAGAGUCGAAAACUUCAAAAAAGGCUUCGAAAUAAAUGAAAAAAGUAAAUCCGAAGCUACAAAGAAAAAUAAAGGAUUAGCCAAAAAAACGAAGCAAGCGGCUAAAGGCUCAAUAGAAAAUAAAUACAAGUCUGUAAUAAUUUUGAAGAUAUUUACCACUGCACGAUUAAAAGUCCUAUUAGAACUCUAUUGGAACGAGACUUGUGAAAGCCGGAAAGUGGAUAAGGAGAAUAAGAAGCGUGAAUAUGGUGGAGAAAAGAAAUAUUUGAUAUUCGACCGUGGACGAAAACUGGCAAAAAUACCUAUAGUACAUGUAAUUGUUAAAACCAUCAAAAGGAUCCCUAUGCAUAAAAUGAAAUCGGGAUACAAAGAAAGAAUUUUAAAGAUAGAAUGGAUAAGCGAAAAUUCAAAAAGGUGCAGUAAAAAUAAUAAAGAAUCGCGAUACUUAUUGUUGUACAAAUUAAAUGUUCUAGUAUUUGAUCCCAGAGGAUAUUGA